ACAAAGCAAAGUCGUCGUGUUUCUUUUGCAUUUACAAGUUUGUUAAUUAUUACAGUGACACCCCUCCUCCCCCAAAAUGAUCUGAAACCGCCACCGUAUCGAACCUCAGAUCUACCCAAUCGCCACCGGAAUCUCCACCAAAAAUGUCUCACAUCGACGAGAGAGACAACGUACCUCUCAACCAAUCAUCCCAAUCCGACAUCGAUGAGAUCGAAAAUUUAAUCACCGCCAGUGUCCAAUUCGGCCCCUCCACCGUCCUCCCAGCCAGUCCUCCGUCCCCUACGCCUCCAUCCAUCCCUGUGUCCACUUCACCUUUCAUUCCCUCUAAUCUUCCUCCGCCUCCUCAAAAACAGAAUUCCGUACCUUCCGCACCUUCCGCACCUCCACCGCCUUCUAACUCCAUCCGUCAUGCCAAUUCAGGUUUGCCGCAGUCGAGCAUGAGCGGCUUCGGGCCGCUUCCCAACACAUUAACCGAACCUGUUUGGGACACGGUGAAAAGAGAUCUAUCGAGGAUCGUUAGUAAUUUGAAAUUAGUCGUGUUUCCGAAUCCAUAUCGCGAGGAUCCUGGGAAGGCAUUGAGAGAUUGGGAUCUGUGGGGGCCCUUCUUCUUCAUUGUGUUUCUAGGACUCACAUUGUCUUGGUCUGCCUCCGUAAAGAAGUCUGAAGUAUUUGCUGUGGCUUUCGCACUGCUGGCAACAGGUGCUAUCAUUCUAACACUCAACGUCUUACUUCUGGGGGGGCAUAUAAUAUUCUUCCAAAGUCUGAGUCUUUUGGGUUACUGCUUAUUCCCUCUGGACAUCGGAGCACUGAUCUGCUUGAUGAAGGACAAUGUGAUUGUGAAAUUGGUGGUGGUGUGUGUGACAUUAGCGUGGAGCUCAUGGGCAGCGUAUCCAUUCAUGAGUACAGCUGUCAACCCAAGAAGAAAAGCCCUUGCACUCUACCCUGUUCUUCUCAUGUAUGUAUCUGUUGGUUUCCUUAUCAUUGCAAUCAAUUAAUUUAUAAUAUUUCACAUCAUUUCUUAUCUGGAA